AUGCCUCCUUAUAACGAGUCUUUCCUUGUGCCGGAUCCCAAUGUGCAUCAGGUGGUGAUUGCUCAGAACGUGUCACAUAUCUACCAAGAACCAGGCCAAUAUACCCUCAUUGUUUCCGUGUUCAACGAGUUUGAGAACCUGACCUACUCCACUGCUGUCCACAUCUACACUUGCCUGCUGGAUGUGACCAUGGAAGCAAAAACAGAGGUCCUGGUUGCGGGUCACCCUGUCACUUUUGAAGCCUACCCUCUUCCCUCCAGGUUUGGAGUCUCCUACACUUGGGAUUUUGGUGACGGUUGCACGGUGUUUGUGGAAAGCCAGCCUACCAUCGUCCACAGCUACAGUCAGAAAGGGAUGUACAACGUUAGCUUGCAAGCCAACAAUAGCAUCAGUGCUGUGGAGGUGUUCGAGUUGUACCGCGUCUUUGAAGAGAUCAGCGGGCUGAGGGUGACUUUGAAUGAAGCGAUGGAGCUCCGUACGCCGGUUGAGGUGAAUGCUUCUGUGGAGACGGGGGACAAUAUCACCUGGAUAUUUGAUAUGGGUGAUGGGACAAUACUGGAGAGUUCUGUGGGCUCUGUGAAACACAUCUAUUUAAAGGAGGCCAACUGCACUGUCAACGUGACGGCGGUGAAUCCGGUCAACUCCGUUUCCCAAGCAGUGCCCGUCCAGAUAUUUGUGCUGAUGGUUCUCAAGAUCGAGCCUUCCUCUUGUAUCCUGGAGCACCCUGAAGUACAGCUCACUGCUUAUGUCUCGGGAGAUCCCGCCAACUACAUUUUUGACUGGACCUUUGGGGAUGGCUCCUCCAAUGUGACGGUGGAUGGGGACCCCAUGGUGAUACACAACUUUACCCGCAGUGGUGUCUUCUCACUCUCUUUGGUCCUCUCAAGCAAGGUCAACAAAGCGCACUAUUAUACUGUGGUGUGCGUGGAGCCAGAGAUAACCAACGUCACACUGUUCAGUCCACCGUUUGUCAUGCUAGGCAACGAGAGCAAGUUCCAGGUCACGGCCUCACCCCCUUACAACUACUGUUACUUUUGGGACUUCGGGGCCAACGACUCAGCUCGAUUUGGCGGGACAGAAGUCAGCUACACAUAUAAGAUCCCAGGGAACUAUUUAGUCACGGUAACAGUGUCCAACAACGUGUCUUUCAACAACGACACAGCCAUUGUGAAAGUCCUGGAGCCAGUCGGGGUAGCCAAGAUUGAGUCCAAUGGGUCAAAGGUUUUGGAACUGAACCAGAUCUAUCUGUUCUCCGCCAAUGUAAGCGGCACCAAAGUGAGCUACUUGUGGGAUUUUGGGGAUGGCACCAGCCAGCUGGGAAAAUUCAUCACCCACUCGUACAACAAAACUGGUAUUUACACUAUCAGCUUGAGAGGCUGGAACGAGGUGAGCCACACAGAAGCGAGACUCAACAUGACGGUGAAGAGGCGUCUCCAAGGGCUCGCCAUCAAUGCCAGCAAGACCAUAGUCCCGCUCAACGGAUCUGUGAGCUUCGUGGCUACCUUGCUUGCUGGCACGGCCGUCCGGUACUCUUGGAUCUUGUGUGACAGGUGCACACCCAUCCCCGGCACUUCCACCAUCUCUUACACUUUCCGCUCUGUCGGGACCUUCAACGUGAUUGUCACGGUAGAGAAUGAGAUUGGGUCUUUGCAAGACAGCAUUUUCAUCUCCGUCCUACAGCAGAUUGAAGGACUGCAGGUGACCAGCAGCGACCUCCUGGAGGACACCUUCUUCCCCACCAACAAGACGCUUCAUCUGCAGGCAGCAGUGAGAGAAGGGACCAACAUCUCCUACACCUGGUCAGCCCUGAAAGAAAGUUACUCUGUGCAGACGUUCACAGGUAAGACUUUCUCCUUACUUGUUAUGGAAGCAGGAGUCUAUGUUAUCCAUCUGAACGCCACGAACAUGCUGGGGAGUCUGGCGGUGAACAAGACAGUGGAGUUCAUUGAGCAGAUUGGUGUCCUGAAGCCUGCUGCAUCUCCUAACCCUGUGGCGGUCAAUGUUUCCAUUAACAUAAGCAUCAGUGUCACUGCCGGGACUGGCUUGGUGUAUACUUGGUACCUGGAGGAUGGUGUCAUUCUUCUCACUUCCAGCCCUUUCAUCACCUAUUCUUUCCAAAGCCCUGGUAUCAAGGUAAUCAUGGUUACAGCAGAAAACAAAUUUGGUUCUGCCAACGCAACACUUCUGGUAUUUGUCCAGGAGCCAGUGGUUGGCCUGAAGAUCCAGGCUGUAAGCCUAGACAGCAGUUAUGUCAGGUCCGGUUCGGUAGUGAACUUCCGUGGAGAACUCGAAAGGGGAACUGAUAUAGCUUGGAAGUGGAAGAUGCUGAACAGAACCUUAUCAGGCCAGAGAGUAGCUCUAGAGUUCCCCACGGUGGGCUUCUUCUCUGUCUGCCUGAAUGCUUCCAAUGAGGUCAGCUGGGAAGCGGCUUGCCACAAUAUCACUGUGCAAGAGGCAGUCCAGGGUCUACAACUCCGCAUGAACAAGGAAGUGGUGGAGCCUGGGGAAGAGGUCUCCUUUGUUAUUGAAAUGUCUUCCGGCUCUUCUGUGAGCUAUGGGGUGAGCAUUGGUGGGGAUCGUAUGGUGGCGCUCAACACCUCCAUCUUCACCCACGCGUUUGCCCAGGUUGGAGACUACAAAGUAAAGGUCACUGCAGAAAAUCAUGUUAGCAGGGUCCAGGUUGAAGUCCUCAUCGUGGUGUUGGAGCCCGUCUCUGGCUUGUGGAUCGUGGACUGCUGUGAGCCAGGCACGCCAACAGGGAUUGAAAGGCAUUUCACAGCUGAGAUCGAGACAGGCUCGCGGGUAUCUUAUUUGUGGCAGUUCUCCUUAGAGGAGGAGCUGGGACAUUCCCAGGUGGUCCUGGAAGGCAAGAGUGUUUCUUAUACACCAGAGGUUGCUGGGUUGCUAGAAAUCCAUCUCACCGCUUUCAAUGGCCUGGGCAACCUGAACAUAAGUGUAGUGAUUCAUGUCCAGGACCCGAUAGUGCAGUUUUCUCUCAAGUCCAUCGAACCCUUUGCCAACCGGUCAGCAUUGUUCGAAGCAUCGGUGUUCCCCAGUGUAAGGCAGGUCACGUUUUGGUGGCAAUUUGGGGAUGGUUCACCAGCACAGAAGAGCCUUGUGGCAUUCGCCAGCCACACAUACCUGAGGCCAGGGGAUUACCUGGUGGAGGUGAACGCCACCAACCUCAUCAGUUUCGCCAUCACCCACCUGACGGUCACGGUGCGAGUGCUGGAGUGUGAGGAGCCAGAGGCGGAGCUGGUCUUGCCUGCACAGGUGGUCAUGAAACGGUCACAGAAGAAUUACCUGGAGGCCCAGAUCGACCUGCGGGGAUGCUUCAGGUACCAGACAGAAUACUUGUGGGAGAUUUACCGAACCUCCAGCUGCCUGCAGCUGAGGGGCGCCAACAAAGUCUACUUGCCCGCUGUGGAUGUGAGCCGGCCCCAGCUGGUCGUCCCCAAGCUCGCCCUGGACCUUGGGAACUACUGCUUCAAAUUCCUGGUCUCUUUCGGAGACACGCCCCUGGCCAAGAGCAUUUUCGCCAAUGUGACUGUCGUCCCCAACAAACUGGUACCUAUCAUAGACGGGGGGUCAUACCGUGUGUGGUCUAGCACUCGAGACUUAAUCUUGGACGGUGAGAAAUCCUACGAUCCUAACCUCGAAGACCGGGAGCAGACGCCGUUACACUACCGAUGGACCUGUGUGUCAUCCACCAAGAGCUCUUCAGGAGAGUGUGCUCUGAGCUUCAGCGCCACGGGAGGAGUGGUUACCAUUUCCCGAGCCAUAUUGGAAACAGAUGUGGAAUACACAUUCGACCUCACAGUCUGGAAAACGGAGAUGAAUCCCGAAGCCACCAAUCAAACUGUGUUGAUCAAGGAAGGGACGGUCCCCAUUGUGGCACUGGAGUGCGUCUCCUGCAAAGCCCAGUCUGUCUACGAAGUCAGCCGGAGUUCCUACGUGUACCUGGAGGGGACCUGCUUGAACUGCCAAAACAAUUCCAAACUGGGGCGGUGGGCAGCCCACAGCUUCAAAAACAAGACUCUGGUCUUGGACAAAACCACCACCUCGACGGGCAACGUGGGGAUGAACCUGGUCUUGAGGCCGGGGGCUCUGAAGGACGGCGAGGGAUACACGUUCACCUUCCACAUCACCGAUCUGGCCAUGGGAGAGGAGGGCUACGCCUCCAUCGACCUGUUUCCGAAUCAGCCUCCUUUUGGGGGGUUCUGUCGGCUGUCUCCCCUGGGGCAUGUCCAAGCACUGACAGCAAAGGUUCACUUUGAGUGCACAGGCUGGAGGGACAAUGAGGACGAAGAUACCCCGUUGGUGUACAUCCUCCUGGCCACGCGCUGCCGGACCGGCCACUGUGAGGAAUUCUGGGUGUACAAAGGGAGCCAUUCCGAGCAUGCCGCCUUCCUGCUGCCGGGGUUCCGGGACGGCGCCUCCCUGGUGCACAUUUCGGUGCUGGUGCAGGAUCAGCUGGGAGCAACCGUGGUAGCCCUCAACAGUACCAUGGCUAUCACCCUGCCCAGCACACCUGAUGGAUUCCACAGCCUCCCUCAGUGGCUUUACAACCAGACCGACGUGGUCCUCCAGGGCUUGGUCAAGCAGAGUGACCCCCAACAAGUCAUUGAAUAUUCGCUGGCUCUCAUCACCAUCUUGAAUGAGUACGAGCGCUUCAUGCAUUCAGAAGCCAGAGCUGAGGACGAGGAAAACUUCAGCGCCUGGACGCGGAGGAACAUCACGGAAACCCUGAUAUCCAUGAAAGUGAACACGGUGGACGACAUUCAGCAAAUCACAGCAGCUCUGGCGCAGUGUACGGUGGCCAACAAAGAGUUUGUGUGCCGUGCCUGCUUGACGGAGACCCUGAAGAAGCUGGAAAGCAUGCUGUCGAUCCUUCAGGGGGAGACCCUCCAAGGGACCAUGACACCAACCUCCAUUGCAGACAAUAUCCUCAGCAUCAUGGGGGACUUGAUCCACCUGGUCAACACGGUCCCACAGCCGUCGAAGUCGCAGGGGCUGAACAGCGGCCAGAACCACGUGCAGGUGGCUUCCAAGGCAUACGCCCUCUCCACUGACUUGAUGCGCAUCCUGAUGAAGUCACGGGUUCUCAACGAGGAGCCGCUGGAGCUGGUGAGCAGCGACAUCAUGGCCAAGGGCAAGCGCUCGGACCCAUUCGGCCUGCUGUGCUACGAGGGCAGCCCUAGCUGCAGGUUCUCCAUCCCUCCAGCUUUCAACACCACCUUCUCUGACCUGACUGACGUGGUCCAGGUCAUGAUCCGCGUGGACUACAACCCUUUCCCUUUCGGCUACAUCCUGAACUACACCGUGUCCUCCGAAGUGGCCUCCAUGGAGUUCCAGAGCAACAAUGGUACCGAAAUCCCCGUUGGGAGCCUGGAUCCGGAGAGGGCCAUCACUGUGAUGGUGUCUGACCCGGCGGCCAAAAACAUCACAGCAGGGACGGUCAUGGUGGAGGAAAGGAAGUCGGUGAACGUGGUGCUCACGACGGAGAACGGCAACAGAGAAGCGGGGUUGUAUUUCCAAGUCACCUUCAGCGUCUUAAACGACCGCUACGUAUCCUAUGAGCCAGAGCCAUUCAUUGCCGUCUACCUCCACCGCUCCCCUCAGCCAAAUGAGCACAACUGCACCGCUUCCAAGAAGAUCCGCCUCGAGGACAUGAACCGGAUGGCUGAGGGGGACCCCCGGCACUACACUUUCUUUGUCUCCCCAGUCACCGACGCUGCUGUGAGGGAUUAUUAUUUGAACAUCACGAACCAUUUCCUCUGGUCCCCGGUGGAAGUGACGCUGGGCCUGUACAGCUCUUUGUGCCAGUACUUCAGCAAAGAGGAGGAGUGCUGGAAGACGGAAGGCAUGGCUCCCUUGGAGGGGACCACACCCAACCGGGCCGUGUGCUUGACCCAACACUUGACAGCCUUCGGCGCUAGCCUCUUCGUCCCGCCGCACUCUGUCCAGUUCAUACGGCCUCCUCCGGGCCCAGGGCUGAACUACAUCGUCCUGCUCACCUGCGCCAUCUGCUUCGUGACAUACUCGGUGGCAGCCGUGAUCGUGCACAAGCUGGAUCUGAUCGACGUUAACCGAGUGGGGGUGAUCCCGUUCUGCGGGAAGAAUGGGCUGUACAAGUACGAGAUCCUGGUGAAAACAGGCUGGGGCACAGGGUCAGGGACGACAGCCCACGUGGGGAUCACGCUGUACGGGAUGGACCAUAAAUCCGGGCACAGGCACCUGGACAGCGAGGACGCUUUCCACCGCAACAGCCUCGACAUCUUUCAGAUCGCGACGGAGCAGAGCCUGGGCACCGUCUGGAAAAUCAGGAUCUGGCACGACAACAAAGGGCUCAGUCCCUCCUGGUACCUCCAACACGUUGUCAUCCGAGACCUGCAGACCUGCAAGAGUUUCCACUUCCUGGUGAACGACUGGCUGUCUGUGGAGAGCGAGGAGAACAACGGCUUGGUGGAGAGAGAGGUCUUUGCUGCCAGCGAGGCCAACCUGAGGAGCUUCUUGCGGAUCUUUCUGAGCGAGCUGCAGCGGGGUUUCUUCGAGAAGCACAUCUGGCUGUCUCUGUGGGAUCGGCCCCCUCGUAGCCGUUUCACCCGCGUCCAGAGGGCUUCCUGCUGUUGCCUCCUCGUCUUCCUCUUUCUUUGCGCCAACGCUGUGUGGUACGGUGUCGUGGGAGACGUCAACUUCAGCAAUGUGGCGGUUUCCACCCUGAUCCCUGUCAGCAGUGAAACAGUCUCGGUUGGGCUGGUAUCCAGUUUGGUUGUCUACCCACUCUACCUGCUCCUCUUGUUCCUCUUUCGGAUGGCACGCAGCAAGGUGUCUGUAAGCCAGUCCCUGACUCAUUCUGACCAGCAGUCCUUGGAGAUUGACAACUACCUGGACUCCUCACUUCUGGAGAGCUCUUUCCUCACCUUCCCUGGGCUCCGGACAGAGGCCUUUUCGGAGCAGACAAAAACAGAUGUGUUCCUGGACGACUCCAAGAGCCUGAUCCGGUGGCAUUCCAAUGAGGCUCUCCCCAACUGGCCGGAUCUCCUCAGCGAUCCUUCCAUCAUGGGAAACACCAUCCAGAAGCUGAAGAGGGGGAGGACCAGCCGCCAUCUUGGGCUUGAGGCGCCUCUGGCCACGGAGGAGGACGGCUUGUCGGUCGGCUUCCCCCAAGCUCAGACCAGAUACUUUUCCGCUUCAGAUGAAGACCUGAUCAGGCAAAUCCUCGCCGACGGAGCAGGCAGCAUCUCCCAUCUGCAGGAUAUAGGGUCGUAUGCCAGGGUGGAGACUGACCUCAUCUCAGGGCUAUCCAGCAUGCUUGGAGAGAAGACGGAGGCCAUCAUGAUGCAGAGGCUGAAUGUGGCAGCCCCCAGCAGGGAACUAAAUUGCUCAGCCAAAUCAACACGGACAGUGGCGGACCAUGCCCUCCGGAAGCGCCUGCUGCCCUCCUGGUGCUCGCACCUGGCUCACGCCCUCAGCCUCGCCCUGCUGGCCAUCUGCUUCGGGGUCUCGGCGUGGAUCGGCGUCACGUUCACGUCCAGCGUGGCCCUCAUGUGGCUCAUCUCAGGGAUUUUUAGCUUCCUCUCUUCCUUCUUGUUCUGGGAACCCCUCAAGGUUCUGCUGGAGGCCCUUUACUUCUCCCUGGUGGUCAAGCGCUUGCACCCGGAGGAGGAUGACACCCUCGUGGAGUACCCGCUGGUGGAGCACAUCUCCGAGAAGAUCGGCAAGGUCCGCCCCCCACAGGGAUUUGCUCUUUUCCAGGCCAAGGAGGAGGCCAGGAAAGUGAAACUUUUGCACAGGAUGCUGAAGAACUUCCUCAUCUACAUGCUGUUCCUGUUGGCCACCCUCCUCACCAACUACGGCGACACCUCCCUCAACAGCCGGGCCUUCCUGCUGCAGAGUUCCAUCAAGCAACAGAUGGCCAGCGAUCAGUUCCUGCGCAUUAAGAGACCUGACGAGUUUUGGGUCUGGAUGUCACGGGGGCUGCUGCCGUACCUGUACAACAACCACUCCGGCUCAGGGAGCUGCAGCACCACCUUGGGAACCCCGCGGCUGCGGCAAAUCCGCUUGCAGGAAGCCGGGAAGAAAGGUGCCUUCUGCUCCGACAGUUUUGACACCAGCAUUUAUGCCGUUGGCUGGAAAAGGAUCUCCGACAACCUCACGCAACGCUGGAUCCAUUCGCCUCCUGAGUCUACAGGAGUCUGGUUUUGGGGCUACCUUUCCUUCUACGACAGCAGUGGUUACAUCCAGGAGCUGGGGACCACCUUUGAGGAAAGCAAAGCCAGGCUGGACUUUCUCCAACAGAACAACUGGAUCAGUAACAUGAGUCGAGCGGUCUUCGUAGAACUGACCCAGUACAACCCUGGCCUGGCCCUCUUGGCUGUCGUCACCUUGAGGCUGGAGUUCCCCAUGGCAGGGCAUGUGCUGCCAGCGGUCGCCGUCGGGUCCAUCCCCGUUCUUCCACUCAAUGGAGGAGUGACAGUGCAGCUUCUCAUGAUGGUCGUCCUGAUGAUCGUGGUGGUCCACUUUGUGGUCUCCGAGUCGCUCUCCAUCAAGAAGGCUGGCAGGGCCUACUUUGCCUUGGCCACCAGCUACAGCCAGUGGCUGCUCAUUCUCCUCGCCACCUGCACAGUGGGGGUGUAUGCCAGCCAGGCCACUGCCACUGGGAGGCAGUGGGCCACCUACCUCAAGAACAGGCACGGCUUCACCAGCUUCCACCAGGUGGCUUCGCUCAAUGCCACCUUCCGCUGUCUGGCCGCCGUUCUGCUCUUCCUGCUGACUGUCAAGGCUUCCCAUCAGCUACGCUUCAUCCGGCAGUGGUCCACAUUUGGGAGAACUCUGCGGCGGUCUGCGAAAGAACUGUUUGCCACGGGGCUGGCCUUCGGGAUCCUCACUUUUGCCUAUGCGCAGCUCGGCUUCCUGCUCUUCUCCUCCCGCUUGGAGUCCUUCUGCACCUUCUCCGGUUCCCUCCAGCUGCUUUUCACAGCACUUCGCAGCAGCGUCAACCUCCACUUCCGCCUCCCCGAGCCGGUCGGGCUCUCCCACCUUUUCUGUGCCAGCUACAUUGCGCUGGAGCUGUGGGUGGUUCUGCGGCUGUUCACCACGGUCCUCAUCCAUCACUAUCAGGAGACGCGUUUCGAGAUGUACCGGCCGGCUUUUGAGUCCCAGGACUACGAGAUGGUCGAACUCUUCGUUCGGAGGCUCAAGAUAUGGAUGGGGGUCAGCAAAGCCAAGGAGUUCCGCCACAAGGUGCGCUUCGAAGGGAUGGAACCGCUGCCCUCGCGCUCGUCCAGCCAGGACUCCCGCUCCCUGCGAGGCCCCACGCCCAGUGCCGUCUCCGACAGCGCUUCCACCUCCUCCAGCCAGCUGGACGGGCUCAGCCUGGCCCCCAGCGCCCGGGAUAGCUCCGAGGCAGACAGCGACAUCCAGCAUCUUCUCUCGCUCCUAGAGAUCCUGCUUGUUCAGUUUGACCGGGUGAACGAGGCCACCGAGGACGUCUACCACAUCGAGUGCCGGCUGGAGGCAGCACGGAGUUGGAGGGUGAGGAAGAGGGACACGCAGAGAGCAGAGCUGCCGGGAAACGGGCACCGUCCCAUGCCCGCCAAUCUGGGAUUGCCCUCCACUCAGAUGGGUCCCAGCAGCAGCUGGCUUCAGCCCUCUGGUCCCCUGAGCAGCUCUGUACCCAGCAGAAUUGCCCAAGGCAGCCAGGGCAUCAGCGUGGCUUCCUCGCUGCUCUCUCCACACAAGACAUAUGCCUCACUCAUGCCUGCAGCCCGGAGGAAGAAGAAACCACUGCGGGCCAACAAUCGGGUCCACCCAAGCGGCAAAUAA